AGAUCGAAGAUCACCGUCUCUGAUACAGAAGCUUUGAAGGCUUUAGCCGGUGUUCUUCGCAUUCAAGUCGGUCGGCCCUUGCCAUUAUAGCUACGUCUCACUAUGUUCGGAGCAGCAAAACCAGGAGGGUUUUCCUUCGGCGCACCUGCAGCGGCAGCUCCGGGCGGCGGGAGUCUGUUCGGGGCGCCCGCAGGAGCAGCUCCGAAUGCUAAUCUGUUCGGCACACCAGUCGGCUCAUCUGCGCCGGGGACCACGCCACUUUUUGGCUCACCCGCGGGUUCAAAACCGGCGGCUCCCUCCCUAUUCGGCGCAACCCCAGCCAACGCCGCUGCCCCAACUCCCUCCCUUUUUGGCGCUCCAACCGCUAGUUCCGCUGCCCCUGCGCCCUCCCUAUUUGGCGCCCCCGCAGCUGCAUCCGCCGCUCCCACUUCGAAUCUGUUUGGAGCACCCGCCGCUACCACCUCAGCGCCCGGCGGGACGUCGUUAUUUGGAGCGCCAAACCCAGCGGCAGGCGGUGGUCUGUUCGGCGCCGCGAAACCAGCAGCCACAGCUACCCCUGGACAACCUGCGUUUGGGGCGGCUGUUCAGCCUCGGCCACAGACACCAGCUGGCCCGGUCACACUCAAAACGAAAUAUUCUGAGAUACCGGAGGAUAUCAGGAAGCAGGUGGACGAAGUCGAGAACUUCAUACAACAGCAGAUACGAACAGCCGAGUCUGUAGCAGUGAAUACAACCUCCGAUCUUGUAAAUGAAAUAACAGCAGAAGUGAAGCAACUGUCCCAAAAAGUGGCCGGCCUCAACAAUAUGCUAGAACGGGAUAAGUUCGCCAUCGAACGACUUAGACAACAGGUCGGACGGGAGCUGCGGAGUAGUGAUUUGGUGUCGCGAUUCAUCGAGCGGUACAGAAGCGGAUCUCAUCACUCUACGGCACCACCAAAACACGACGCGUACAUGAGCUACUUUUUGGACUUUGCGGAUACCCUAGAGCAGCGAAUGCAGCAAUAUAGACAUACGAUCCAGGAGCUGGAAAUGAGCAUCAAAGCCCUGUCUCAAGAAAAGACAUAUUCUCCAGCUGUGCUCGUGGAAAUCAUGCGGGAUCAAGACGAUAGUCUCCUUGCCGUAGCUUCAAAAAUAGCGGCCGUUCAUGACGCGAUAAGUAGGCAAAAGGCGCUGUACCUCGAAUACAGACAGAAGUACUUCGGAGUCAACGAUGCUGGGCGAUUUGAGAAGAUAAACGGCACGCAAAAUGAUGCUGAUACAACGCCACUGGAACUGAUUGCGUCCACCACCCUCCGGCCGUCAAAUAUGCAAUCGCAGCUCGGUCAAUCUCAGCCAUUCCAACAACACCAGCCACAAACACAAGCAUUUGGACAACAGCAGCAACAGCAGCAACAGCUGCAACAGCCCAACGCUUUUGGCACGCCAGCUCUUGGCGCUGCCCCUGCUUUUGGAUCUUCGCGAAGGCGGGCACCUACUGGUCUCUCCCUGUUUACGAAGUAAAUUAAGAACGAUACCCCCAACCUCUGUACACACUCGCAUGUAAAUUGAAGGGCACGCCGCACCUAAUUAUCUCAUUUCUCGACAACUUCG